AUGGACGAUCUUUUGAAAGGCUUGCUCAAUCUGGGCGUAGGAUUGCCCAGCACGGAUCAAGUGGUGGAGCUGCUAGAGUCUGAUGUCAAGUCAACCCAGUCUCUUGCGCAGUUGCUGGCACUGACAACGUCAAGCGCGGAAAAGGAUGACAACAACCACAACAACCCCUCGUCGGCCGUCGAUCUGAUGGGAGCCGAGUUGCUGACCGAUGCAGUCAACGCCAUCCUUGCAAACUUCAAAAGCUCCAUUGAUGGCGCAAAAGCUGCUUUUCAGAGAGAAGAAGCGCAGCUCGACAAACCUACUAAGGUCAAAGCGAUACCCCGCAAAGCGCAGCUGUCCAAACAUGAAGCGGCACUAGUCAGGAUGAGGAACAUGUCCGCUCUAGCAGGACACGAUCGGACGCGUUUGGUGUUCGACGGUGGCAAGAGUCAUUGUUCCUCGGGGAGACUCGCACGAAUGAGGCGCAUCGGAGUGGCUGAGAUGACGCUGGUUCCCAAAGUCUAUCGAGAUGCAUACCUCGUAGUCAGGCUCAUUGCCGAGCCCAUCUCGUAUCAAGGCGUUCAGCUGCUCGGGGAAGACCCAAAGGGCGAUUUGAUCUCCAUAGCUAUUUCGCACGUUUCUUGUACCCCUCUCACAUCACACGAGGCGUCGUGCAAUUUUCCUACGGGAACCCUUUUGGCUGUCAAGGAGCCUUUUCUCUCUUUGGAUCACACAGUCAGAGCCGUCCCUUCCAAACCUGGCAUCGGUGUACGCGUCGACUCGCCGACGGACAUCAUCUUCCUGUCAGGCGAGGAUGAAGCGUUGCGAGACGUCCAAUGGGCGACACCGCUCAACAGCGGACCCGCGGUCGCACUCGAUCAUCGCAUUACCUGGCUCAGGGAUCCACCUCUAGCCGCUUGGCUCGCUAAUGGCGCACCCUCACCCGCCCCCUACUCUUCUUCCCAAGAAAUACUGCACCUUCUCGAAAGGUUGUUGGUGUUUUCUCGGCCAGGGGCUGCGUGGCGCGAGCUUUGCGGAGCUAGAAAAGCUGGACUGGUUGAUGAUCGAGCAAAGGACGCGAUGGAGAUUGAGGGAAGAAUCAGAUACCUGUGCGAAGACUUUCUAGGCGCCGCGGAUGCCUUUAGCGAGUCUCGGCGAGUCCGAGGCGCGCUCAGCUCCCAAAGCGCUUUGAGCGGGCACAGCCCGCCUGCCGUGGAUGACGCUUCUUUGGAAAAGAGCCGGAGCCAGGCAGCGCGCCAAGCCUCUUUGCAGAAAGAUCCACCUUCGUCUUCCGAAAUCAGCUCUCUCUACUUUGCCGCUUCUUCAGGCGCGCGGAAGCUCGACGCUCGGACGUACAUCGGCCCGGUCGAGGUACGGGAUAUCCCAGGCGCAGGUAGAGGUCUGAUCCUCACGGAGGACGUGGAACCUGGAAGGAUUAUCUUGCUGUGCAGGGCUGUGGAACCUCAAUAUUCUUCUGCCACCCAGUGUGUCAGGGUCAAUCUAGAGAUGGGUCUGGUCAGUACGACGAGUCAGAUCCGAGCCCAGACGGCCUUGAUUCAUGCUCUGGUUGACCGACCAGAACUGCAACUACCUGUGCUAGGACUUACAGCUGGACCCUCCCUUCCCUAUUCUGAGUGGGUGCGACUUCCAUACCCGCUUCAUCUGCCUCGAGCUCCUUCCGUCGAGCACGCCGAAUCGUACGAACGCCCACCCGUCGACGCCGCCUACAUUGACGGCGUACUUCGUUUCAAUGCGUUUGGACCUAGUCCUCCUUCCGCUUGCACACGCUCGAGCGGCAGCUUGUCGAGCACCUCAACGAGCUCAUCUCAGCCUCGACGUCCGCUAGAAGAUGGUCGGAGGACAAUGCCACACCCACUACCUGCACUGCUCAACCACUCUUGCUACCCAAACGUCUCCACCACGUUUCACGGAGACGUCCUGCUUUCGCGUGCCUUGAGAAGGUUGAAAGCGGGGACAGAAGUGCUUCAUCAGUACGUUCAAGGCGAACAAGCACACGCGGUCCGAAAAGCUCAGUUGAGCAAGCACGAUUUUCAGUGUGCAUGCUACCUGUGUAACCUGGACAUGUCCGACACGCCGGAGAACAGAUCUGAAAGGGCUAGGAUUGUAGCGGGCGAACUGCCUGCUGUGCUCGAGAGGAGCCGCGUUGUGCUCAAGAUGCGCCAAGAGCCAUCGAAAUCGGACGACCGGGAGAUCGAAGCUCAUCAGGAUGUUGCAGAGGCGUUGGAGGGCUUCGCGAAGCGCAUCGAUGAGACCUAUGCCGAGCACAGGGGAGACGUCAGACCGGACCUGUUCGACGUCUUUCAUUCUCGUGCGGCUCAUUUGGCCAUCUACGAUCAGAGUGCAGCAAUCCAGUGCGAGCUCUCAGCGCUCCGCAGCGUAGGAGCGAUCGUCGCCGUAGAGACCAGGCCUGACUCGCAGCACGCCCUCUCGCAGCUCCCUGCUCUACACCUGGACGGCGCGCUGACAGCUAUGCUGCACAUCUCGAGGCUCUUUGCCCAACUGACCCAGCCGACACAGUCCAAGAGCUGGGCACGCACAGCUGCGUGGGCCCACGAGUGCAUUGUUGGCGGUGGUCUUUGCGUGUUGCAAGAUCGAUUUGGAAGCUUGUGGAACGACGUCAUUCGACUUUGCGAUGGCGAUGAAGAGGCGAUCUCGACGUGA